UUGGCGAGUCGACAGAUCUUCUUGGAUUCUCGGGGAGGGGGGUGUUUUCUAGCUACUGGAGAAAUGGGCAGUCAAGACUGAAUUUAUUCUUGAGCUCCACAUCAGAAGCCACUCAUCGAUAGACCGCAGAACUUGACAAAUCGGUCCAAUGGAAUCGUGUCUAGCUCAGAGCUGCGCAGCAGUUCAAGGAAAUUCCCCCCUGAUCUUUCACCAACUCAUUCAGACCCUUUUGGUGUCGCAGUGCACCCUGAGCAGUCCCAUUGAUUACCCUCCCAACAGAAAGGAUGACAUCCUGAACAAUCCCGAUCCAUUCGACUUCAUCAUAGUGGGAGGAGGGACAGCAGGAUCUGUGGUGGCCAGCAGACUCUCGGAGAAUCCAAACUGGAGGGUUCUCCUGGUCGAAGCUGGAGGCUAUCCCUCAGCUCUCAGUGACGUACCAGCACUGCUGUUGUUCCUCCAAAACACACCUGAGGACUACGCUUAUGAAGUUGAGUAUCAAGAGGGCAUGUGUCUAGGGACAGCCACCAAAAAAUGCAAAUGGGGUAAAGGAAAAGUCCUGGGUGGAAGUUCAGUCCUGAAUGCUAUGAUUCAUAUUCACGGCAACGACAAGGACUUCGACUCCUGGGCGGAACUUGGGAAUGACGGUUGGGGUUACCAAGAUGUCCUUCCAUAUUUCAAAAAAUCGGAGAGUUACUCGCCCGAGUUCAUCGCCAAAUUUGGCGACAAAUACGUCGGUAGCAGCGGACAAAUUAAUAUUCGAGAUUACAAUUAUACGGAUUCGGGUAUCGAAAAUAUUUUCAUGGAGGCUGUCCAGGAGCGAGGAUUUCCCAUAUUGGAUUAUCUCAACGGUGAACAGUACAUUGGUUUUGGAAGAAGCCAGGGUACCCUGGACAACGGCCGUCGUGUCAGUGCUGCCAAGGCUUAUCUGUCACCAGUGAAAGAUCGAAAAAAUUUGUUCGUUGUUACGUCCACUCGAGCGGAUAGAAUACUGAUGGAGGGUAAUAAGGCGGUUGGGGUUCGUUUAACUUUUACGGAUGAUAAAUCUGUAGAUCUCAAAGCCUCCAAGGAAGUUAUUAUCUCAGCUGGGUCCAUUGCAACGCCGCAGGUACUGAUGCUGUCUGGAAUCGGACCGAGGCAGCAUCUGGAUGAACUGGGAAUUCCCUGUGUUGCUGAUCUACCAGUGGGAAAAAAUCUCCAGGAUCAUUUGAUGUGGCUGGGAGUUAAUCUCGAGUACUUGAAUAAAUCAGGUGUUACCAAAACACCUAAGGACUACCUCGACAGUGCCUACACGUACUUGAUGCAUAAUAAAGGAGAAUUCAUAUCCACUGGAGGUAUUAAUUUUGUGGGAUUCGUUAACUUGGAAGAUCCGAAUUCACGCUACCCGAGUAUUCAGUUCCAUCAUGUCCCCAUACCUCGAGGUGACAUCUUCAUACUGGAAGCAGUGCUGAAUUCCAUGGGAUUUUCCAAGGAAUUGCAAGCAGAAUUUGCUAAAUUCACCCCCGAUCGUGAUACUUUUAUGGUAUGCCCUACGUUAUUGAAACCAAAGAGUAUAGGGGAAAUUAAACUACGAAGUACCUCCCCCAGUGAUAGAGUGAAAAUUUGGGCCAAUUACUUGGACAGCGAGGAGGACAUUGCGACGAUGCUGAAGACAGUGGAGUUCCUGAAGAGCCUGGAAGCAACUGAAGUCAUGAAAAAAUAUGGCAUCAAAUUGCGCCAUUUGCCGAUACCUGGGUGCAAGGAGUUUGCACCUGACUCCAUGGAGUAUUGGGAGUGCAACCUGAGGCAUACGACUGCUACUGUCUAUCAUCCAGUGGGAACAGCGAGGAUGGGACCAGCAGGUGAUCCAGCUGCGGUGGUUGAUGCCAAACUUAAGGUUCACGGAAUUCAGGGGCUGAGGGUUAUCGAUGCAUCGAUAAUGCCUAUUAUAACGAGUGGUAACACAAAUUCCCCGACUUUGAUGAUUGCCGAGAAAGGCGCGGAUAUGAUAAAGAAGGAAUGGUCCAGCAAGGACGAAUUAUAAAAACAAUGUUAUCAAAAAGUUAUUUCGUGGUUUUUGUUCCAUGAUUUUUAUGCUCUCCAUUAUUUUAAUCGAUAUUAAGUUCUUUAUGUACUGAGAAAUAUGGUCAUUACAGUUGCGCUUGUAUAUACCUGUCGUAUCUUAACGCAAUGAAACAUUUUACGCUUUAGGUAAUAAAAUUUUACCAGAAA